CCUUCCCUUUCCGACAUCAAAAUUCAAUUUCAAAGCUCGUCUCAUAUGUCUCAUGUCUCAUUCCGUUUGAUUAAAACAUUCAUCGUUAACUUCGAGAUUUCGAGUUUGAUUUUCUUCAUCUCGUAUCACCUUGUUAGGAACUUGUCGUUCAAUUAAAUAAGAGUUUUCACCACAAAAUCGAGGUUUCUAGCUCAAUUCUAUUAAUCUCAGACUCAUAUAGUCCUAUCAUGAGUUGAUCGAGUAGUUAAAUAAAAGAUCUUAAGUUUGAUUUUACUCAUUUCAUCGUCUUGUCACAAAAUUAUCGUUAAACUAAAUCUGAGAUUCCAAGUUCGAUUCUCAACUCGAAUGUCAUAGUGGUAUUGAGAUGGCUCACCCACCCAUGACCUCAUGACCCCAACACAUUAAUACAAAAUUUACUACUCACACCCCCACCCCCCACAGUCCCAAAGUCCACAGAGAGUCCCAGACGGUCUCUCUGUCUCUCUGUCUCUCCUCUCUCUCUCUCUCUCUCUCUCCUCAGCAGUAAAACUUCAUCUUCUAACAAUGAAGGACAACGAUCCACCGACACUGAUAACGAUCCCAUCAUCAACGGCGAUCAGGAAGGACGCCUCAUCGUCGUCAUCAUCCUCGAAAACCAGAGUCUUUCUCGACAAAAAUGGCUACAAGUUCUGGGCUUUAGCGGCGAUUCUUCUCCUCGCUUUCUGGUCCAUGUUCACCGGCUCCGUCACCCUCAAAUGGUCCACCGGCAACUUAUCCCACCUCUCCGACGACCUCGACAUCCCGACCUUCGACGAUCUCGACAUUCUGGAGGUGGAGGAGAGAGAGAAGGUGGUGAGGCACAUGUGGGAUUUGUACACGCAGACCACCAGCACCAGCACGAGUCGAUUGCCGCGGUUUUGGCAGGAGGCUUUCGAGGCGGCGUACGAGCACUUGACCAGCGAUGUUGCCGCCGUUCGAGACGCCGCCGUUUCGGAGAUUGCCAAGAUGUCCAUCCGCUCCAUCGUUCUUGAUCCUUUUCCUCUUCAAUCAACGAACACAAGAGAGAUGAAGAAGAGAUCGAAGAAAGCCGAGGAAAGCAAGAAGGCGACUGCAUUACGAAGUAGCAGCUAGAAUUCUGCGUUACAGUUGCUCGUCAUCGAACACUUGCUUAAAGUUUUCGGAGGACGACGGUGGACACACACCGGAACUAUGUGCACCGUUUAUAUAAUUAGGGUUCAGAUCAAUCCCCCAUCUCAGGAGUCGGAACAAAAGAAAAAGAUGCAUAUAAGAAAACUGGUAUAUGAAUUGUCCUUCAGUGAACCCCAUUAGUUGGGAACUUUGGACAUCAGAAAAUCCCAUUAAUUGGGAUUUGAUUAAUUGUAUAUUUUAUUUUUAAUUAAGAGUAAUAACAACAGUAAAUUUUCCAAUCC